AUGCGUUUCGGUCGGACACUCCGCGAGUCCGUAUACCCUCCGUGGAAGGAUAAGUACAUCGAGUACGCCAAGCUCAAGAGCUUGUUGAGGGAGGAUGCCGAUGACGAUAGCCAGCCAUGGACCGAGGAGGACGAGACUCGCUUCUGCGAGGAGAUCUUUAACAACCAGCUUGAGAAGGUUGCACACUUCCAAGAACAGCGCUUCAAUGCUCUCAAGGAGAGAGUCGACUCUGCCUUUGACAAGCUGAAGGAAUUGGCGCCCGUGGAGACCUCGGAGGAGGACGGAGCUCCCCAAAAGGGAGAGAUCUCGGCUUCCCGCCUGCGCACUUUGGAGUCGGAGCUCGACGAGAUUACCAAUGAGGUCCGUGAGCUCAAGAAGUACAGCAACAUCAACUACACUGGCUUCCUCAAGAUCAUUAAGAAGCACGAUCGCAAGCGAGGAGACCGCUACAAGGUCCGGCCCAUGAUGCAGUUGAGCCUUUCUCAGCGUCCUUUCAACUCCGAGUCUGGCUACUCGCCUCUCCUCAACAAGCUUUCCAUCAUGUACUUUGCCAUCCGGCAACAACUUGAGGAAGGCGGAGAUCAGCUCCCACCUUUGGAUUUCGAGUCUCAAGGCGAGACCCGCAAUGGCGAGCACUACACAGCUCAUAAGUUCUGGGUUCAUCCUGAUAACUUGCUCGAGGUCAAGACAGUCAUCCUCCGGCAUCUGCCAGCUCUCGUUUACAGCGAGCAGUCGGCCAAGGAGCUUGAUGGCAGUGAUUCGCCAUCCAUUACCUCCCUGUACUUCGAUAACAAGCAGUUUGAGCUUUAUGGCGAAAAGGUUAACCGCCAAUCAGAAGCAACAUCCCUGCGACUUCGCUGGUACGGACAGCUGGCCACUCGACCAGAGAUUUUUGUUGAAGAGAAGACGGUGGACAACAAGGGUGGUAGCCAAGAUCUUAAGUUCUCUAUCAAGGACAAGUAUGUCAAGUCAUUUGUGGAUGGUGACUACAAGACGGAGAAGGCGGUUCAAAAGAUGAAAAGGCAGAACCUUGCUGCUGAAAAGAUUGAAGAAUUCGAGCAGACUGUCAGCACGAUUCAGAAAUACGUCAAGGAAAAGAAACUCGGCCCUGUCCUGAGAGCCAACUACGUCCGAACUGCUUUCCAAAAGCCUGCCGACGACCGAAUCCGUAUCGCCAUCGAUACCGACGUGGCGUUCAUCCGGGAGGAUACUCUCGACAGUAGCCGUCCCUGCCGCGACCCGAAUGAGUGGCAUCGUCUGGAUGUUGAUGACAGCGAAAUGACCUACCCUUUCAAGAAAAUGAACCAGAGCGAGGUCAACCGUUUCCCCUAUGCUCUCCUUGAGAUCAAGGUCAAGGAGGAUGGUCUACGAAAGCGCCCUACUUGGAUCGAGGACUUGAUGGUUUCUCACUUGGUUCAUCCCACACCACGAUUCUCCAAGUUUGUGCACGGUAUUGCGGUUCUCUUUGAGGACUACGUCAACAACUUGCCCUUCUGGCUUAGUGAUCUUGAGAAUGAUAUCCGAAAGGACCCCCAGAAGACUUUUGAGGAAGAGGAGCAGCGACGUGCCCAACGACAUGAGGACGUUAUGGCCGUAGGAAGUCUAAUCGGCGCAGGAGCAAAGUCUGGUUCAUAUAAACCCACACAAAGUUCGCCAAUGAGCAAAUCCUAUUUGGCCGACCGCAUGUCUAAGGAUUCAAUCGCCCAAACUCUCAACAAGCGAACUUCGCUUCCUGCAAACGGAGAGGAGAGUGGCGGGAGCAGUGGCCAACGCCAGGAAGAGCAGGAGAGGUCUUACGGAACACUCUCUUCUGUCAUUCCUGGUUUCUCGUUGUCCAAGUACUCCAGGGCCAAGCGAGCAUCUCAACAACCAUUGCCCGAAGGCGUGGUAGCGCCAAAGGAGUGGAUCAAGAACAUGGGUGAGCUCAAGGUUGAACCCAAGGUUUGGCUUGCCAACGAGCGAACAUUCCUUAAGUGGCAGCACAUUUGUAUCCUCCAGGGCGGCCUAGCUGUUGGUCUUUACACCGCUGCUGGCGAGAACACGAUUGCUUCCAUUAUUGGACUUUUGUUUGUUCUUAUUGCCUUGUUUGCUGGAGUCUGGGGAUACUCAAUGCUGAGAAUCCGACGAACCAUGAUUCUUGAGCGAAGCGGUAAGGACUUUGACAACAUGAUUGGACCCAUGAUUAUCAGCGUUUCUUUGAUGAUUGUCCUCAUUCUUAACUUUUUCUUUGCGUGGCGGGAAGCUUAUGGACGAUUCAAUGAUGGUAAGAACGGCGCAGGAGAGCUUCUCUCAGAAGAUCUCAAGUAG